AUGCUGACCAGCAUUGCCGACGGGCUCCUCUGCUGCCUGAUGGGCAAGACGCCCAACGCGGUGGGCCCCCUGGAGAGCGGCGAGUCGGGCGAUGGGUUCAGCUUCGUGGAGGUGAAGCCCGGGAGAGUCCUGCGGGUGAGGCACAUCGCACCUGCCCGGCCAGCAGGGGCCGAGGAGGCGGCCCAAAAGGCGGGCGCCGUCCACUGCAGGCGCCGGAUCACCGUGUACCGCAACGGGCAGGUGGUCAUUGAGAACCUGGGCGACUCCGUGCGCGCCGACAUCCUGGCCUGUCCCGAGGGCGUGGAGCCCAGCAGCACUGUGGAGCUCGAGGUCUCUGACCCCCAUCCCGGCCCCCCCGCCAGCCCCGCCGCCCCCGCCGUCAAGCGGCGCCGGCACAAGCCCAAGAAGCUGAUCGACAUCGACUGCACCAAGUUCAUCAGCAGCUGCAAAGGGAGCCACAGCGACGUGGUGCUCUUCUUCAUCCACGGUGUGGGGGGCGCGCUGGACAUCUGGAAGGAGCAGCUGGACUUCUUCAGCAGGCUGGGCUACGAGGUGGUGGCCCCAGACCUCGCUGGGCAUGGGGCGAGCUCGGCCCCGCGGAUUGCCGCCGCGUACACAUUCUACGCCCUCGCGGAAGACAUGCGCACCGUGUUCAAACGGUAUGCCAAGAAGAGGAACGUCCUCAUUGGACACUCCUAUGGGGUAUCCUUCUGCACCUUCCUGGCUCACGAGUACCCUGACCUGGUCCACAAGGUCAUCAUGAUCAACGGGGGAGGUCCCACUGCCCUGGAGCCCAGCCUCUGCUCCAUCUUCAACAUGCCCACCUGCGUCCUCCGCUGCCUCUCGCCCUGCCUGGCUUGGAGCUUCUUGAAGGCUGGCUUUGCUCGCCAAGGUUCCAAGGAGAAGCAGCUGCUGAAAGAAGGAAACGCCUUCAACGUCUCCUCCUCCGUCCUGCGGGCCAUGAUGAGUGGCCAGUACUGGCCCGAGGGUGAUGAGGUCUACCACGCGGAGCUCACCGUGCCUGUCCUGCUCGUGCACGGAAUGCACGACAAGCUUGUCCCUGUGGAGGAGGACCAGCGGAUGGCCGAGAUCCUGCUCAUCGCAUCCCUGAAGGUGAUUGAUGAGGGCAGCCACAUGGUGAUGCUGGAGUGCCCGGAGACGGUCAACACGCUCCUGCAUGAAUUCCUGCUGUGGGAGCCGGAGGCGAUUCCAGCUGGGGAUGGCCUGGCAGCGGCCAAGAAGUAGCGGCAGAGCCCAGGGCUGAGCAGAGGGGAGCCCUGCAUGCUCGCUGCUUCCACAGAGAGGAGCGACUUUCCCAGUUUGGAGCUGGCGUGACCGAGGGCAGAGGCCCAUCCUGCCUUGGGGAUGAGGGACGAGCUCCAUCCUUCCCCAGAGAGGAGUGGAAAGGCCAAGAGGGCCCAGUGAACUCUCAGAUGCACCAGGGUGGAAGGGGAGCUGGCCAGCACAGCCCUUUGCCACUCACACCCAUGAUGCUGGUGGCUGCACCACCACAGUUCCCUGGGCUCAGCACUAGCAGGGAUGACCGGGAGGGCCCUGGGUGUAUCUUCUCCUCUGCUGUGCUGAUGGAAGGAGGGACUUCUCUGUUCAGGAUCGCCAGAUCAAACUGGCUGUGGCUUGACACCGUGCAACUCAGCAUGCUGGGGCUGGAGGAGAAGACUGUCGUGGCUCCUCUGAGGCCUCACCUGAUGUUGCAGAUUGAAUCAGAAAGUGUCAGGGCCCUGCAUGAGUGGCAGCAGGCCAACACGGAUUUGUUUUCCUUGCUUGGUUACCGGAUGGGACAAACCCAGGACGGGGGAAGCGGCCUCUCUUAGGGGCUGAAAGCACCAUCCUGGGGUCGAAAUUCUCCAGGUCGCAGCAUGCAGGCAACUUGAGGGAACAAUCCCCUGGUAUUAGUUACUCAUCAUUUAUGUGUCCCAACUUUUGACUUUCACAGGUACUUCACAUAAAGUUGUCCCCAAAUCAUUGCAUACUUCCUCUACAGGACAGCCACCCUGAACCUUGGGGCUUCUGGAUGAGAGUGACUGCAAGUCCCAUCAUUCCCAGAUUAGAAUAAUGGGGGUUGCAGGGCAACAUAUUCAGAGACCCUAAAACUG